AUGGCGACUGCGGAUGUAACCCCCUCGUCCCAUUCCUCGGAGAUCCAGGAGACCGACCGUGCUGCGACCAUGAAGGGCGAUGAGUUUGUCGACCCAGGCCGCCCCGAGAAGAGCCUCGUUUCUGCCUCAUAUAACCUCCAACUCGGCGACGAGGACCCUACCGAGGAGGAACUGCACGGGCCGAGCGCGUUGCGCCGUGUGUCGGCCCCGAUUCCGUGGGCCGUUUACACUGUCGCCUUUGUCGAACUGUGCGAGCGCUUCUCUUACUAUGGCACCCAGGUUUUGUAUUCCAACUUCGUGAACCAUUCGUUGCCUCAGAUCAAUGGCCCUCCCGGCUCGCACCAUAACACUGGUGCUGGUGGUGGGAGCGCCCAGGGUGUAUCGGGAGCGCUGGGCCAGGGCGUUCAGACUGCGAACGGGAUCAACACGUUCAACACUUUCUGGUGCUACGUGAUUCCUUUGUUCAGCGCCUACGUCGCCGACGAGUACUGGGGACGAUACAAGACCAUUUGCUGGGCGAUUGGUUUCGCCAUUAUUGGUCAUAUUAUCCUGGUUAUCUCUGCGAUCCCCCCGGUGAUCACCAACACCUCGGCUUGCUUUGGCGUCUUCAUGCUGGGUGUCAUCGUCAUGGGUUUCGGUACCGGCGGUUUUAAACCCAACAUUUCUGCCCUGGUCGUCGAACAGAUUCCGGACGUGAACCUGAAGGUGCGCACCCUGCCCUCCGGGGAGCGGGUUGUCAUCGACCCGACCAUCACCCAGAGUCGUAUCUACCACUACUUCUACCUGUUCAUCAACAUCGGCGCGCUGAUCGGCCAGAUCGGUAUGGCCUACGCCGAGAAGUAUGUCGGUUUCUGGCUGGCAUACCUGCUGCCGACGCUGAUGUUCUUGACCACUCCCUUGGUGAUGUGGUGGGGGCGCAAGCGCUACCGCCAGUCUCCUCCCCAGGGCUCCGUGACCUCCAAGGCGGUCCGGGUGUUCUUGUACGCGCUGCGAGACCGGUGGCACUGGAACCCCAUCAAGUUCUGGAAGCGCAGCCACGAUGGCACCCUCUGGGAAGCCGCGAAGCCAUCCAACAUUCCGCCGCACCUGCGCCCCGCCUGGAUGACCUUCGAUGAUGCAUGGGUGGAUGAGGUGCGCCGUGGCUUCGCCGCCUGCGCCGUCUUCUGCUACUACCCGCUGUACUGGGUCGCCUACGGCCAGCUGACGAACAACCUGACCGCGCAAGCCGGAACAAUGACGCUGAAUGGGGUCCCCAACGACGUGGUGAACAACCUCGACCCCUUCGCGCUGAUCAUCUUCAUCCCAAUCUGUGACAGCUUCUUGUACCCCGGCUUGCGCAAGAUGGGCAUCCAGUUCACCGCCAUCAAGAAAAUCACCACCGGCUUCAUGCUCGCCGCGCUAGCCAUGGUCUGGUCCGCCGUGAUCCAGCACUACAUCUACAAGAAGUCGCCGUGUGGCUAUGACGCGAACAACUGCUACGCCGAUGACGGCAGCGUCAUCCCCGCGCCCAUCAACGUCUGGGCGCAAACAGGCGCGUACGUGCUCAUUGCACUGUCCGAGAUCUUCGCCUCCAUCACCUCCCUUGAGUACGCGUACUCCAAGGCCCCGCGGAACAUGCGCUCCCUCAUCCAGGCCAUCUCGCUCUUCACCAACGCCAUCUCCGCCGCCAUCGCCGAGGCGCUGAACCCGCUGUCCAGCGAUCCUCUGCUGGUCUGGAACUAUGGCGUGUUCGCUGUUAUCGCGGGUGUGGGUGGUUUGCUGUUUAUUGUGCAGUUCUGGAGUCUGGACAAGGAAGAAGAUGCACUGAACAACUUGCCUGAGGGCCACGUCGAGGCUGACCUUAAGGGCGCGCAGGGCAUGCUAGAGGCAGCUGAGAUCGGGCCUGUGAAGGGGUAA